UUUUUGCCAUACCCUUCGAUGGUUUAGUGUUCUUUGCUAACUCUUGCAUGCCUAUAUAUAUAUAGAAGUAGAAGCAUAUCUAUGUUGUUUUGCGAGGACUGGUUCUUUCCUAGUGUUUUUGAGUCAUCACUUUCCUUUCAGUGAUCGAUUAUCUGUCAAGAAAACACCACUUACAAGAGAGAGAAGAAGAAAUAUGCCACAGGAAACAAACUCUAAUCCCACUUUCACUUCUCCUUCCAAGAAUCUGAGAGGCUUAAAGGCUUUAGCUUCUAACAGUGUGGAGAAUUCACCCACUCAUGAAUACAUCUUCAAUGAUUAUGGCUUAGCUCAAAGAAAAGCUGAAGAAGCAGCUGCAAGGAGGUACCAAGCAGCACAAUGGUUACGAGAAAUGGAGCAAGGUGCAUCAGAAUCCUUGCCCAAAGAACCCACUGAAGAAGAGUUUUGCCUCGCACUUCGCAAUGGCCUAAUUCUCUGUAAUGUCCUCAACAAAGUUAAUCCUGGAGCAGUUCUUAAGAUAGUGGAGAAUCCGAUUAUCCCGGAACAGUCGACCGAAGGGGCAGCGCAGUCUGCCAUCCAGUAUUUCGAAAACAUGAGGAAUUUCCUUGUAGCUGUCAAAGAUAUGCAGCUCUUGACAUUUGAAGCUUCUGAUGUUGAAAAGGGUGGCUCUAUGAAUAAAGUGGUAGACUGCAUUCUCUGUCUAAAAGGAUAUUAUGAAUGGAAGCAAGCAGGAGGCAUCGGUGUUUGGAGGUAUGGAGGAACUGUGAAGAUCAUGGCGCUCCCGAAAGGGUCACUGCCGUCUUUGAUUGGAAGUGAAAGUGCCGAUGAUUCUUUGGAUGGAUCCGAGUCAUCGCAAUAUGAACAAUUAUUGGAGUUUCUCCAUCUCUCCAAUGAGGUUGCGGUUGAGGAGUCCAAAACUGCCAAAGCUCUGGCUUUUCUUUUCGAUCGCUUCGGGCUUUGGCUUAUACAAGCUUACGUUAGAGAGAGUAACGAGAUUGAAGAACUCCCCUUGAAUGCAAUGGUAAUAGACACACUAAUCAGCAAGAUAGUUAAGGACUUCUCUGCAUUGCUUGUUUCUCAAGGUACUCAGCUUGGACUGUUUCUGAAGAAAAUCUUGAAAGCUGACCUUAAUUCACUAUCAAAAUCUGAUUUCAUUGAAGCCAUCUCGCUGUAUCUCGGACAAAGGACUAGCAUGGCAUCGAACGAUUUCUUCAAGUUCUGCAUCUGUGGUGGGAAACGUGAGGUUAUUCACCAAACAAUUAGUCACACCAAUGCUUACACACAACUUAUUCAUCUUCAGCAGAAAGAGCUUAAGGACAUUAAAUUAGAUUUUCAAGAAACAAAACUCGAAGUCAAACAAAUUCACUCGAAUUGGGCGAGACAACUCGAGAGACUUGCUCAUCAUAUCAAGGGUCUUGAGGUGGCAUCCUCUUCCUAUCAGAAGGUAUUAGAAGAAAACCGUAUGCUUUACAAUCAAGUUCAAGACCUCAAAGGAACAAUAAGAGUGUACUGCAGAGUGAGACCCUUUCUUCAAGGCCAAGCAAACGGACAAUCGACCGUAGAUUAUAUCGGAGAAAAUGGAAAUAUAAUGAUUGUCAAUCCUUUAAAACAGGGAAAGGAUGCAAGAAAAGUAUUCUCCUUUAACAAGGUGUUUGGACCAAAUGUCACACAAGAACAAAUAUAUAUCGACACUCAACCGCUGAUCAGAUCUGUCCUAGAUGGCUUUAAUGUUUGCAUCUUUGCAUAUGGACAAACUGGCUCGGGAAAGACAUACACCAUGAGUGGCCCGGCUUUGACUACCGAGCAAACGUGGGGCAUAAACUACCGUGCUUUACAUGAUCUGUUUCAAAUAUCCAAGGAGAGAGCGGAUAUGGUUAAAUACGAGGUUGGGGUGCAGAUGAUUGAAAUAUACAAUGAACAAGUGAGAGAUUUAUUAGUCAUGGAUGGCUCUAAUAGAAGAUUGGAUAUUCGUAACAAUUCUCAGUUGAAUGGCCUAAAUGUUCCAGAUGCAAGUUGGGUUCCGGUUUCAAGUACUCGAGAUGUUCUUGAAUUGAUGAGAAUUGGUCAAAACAAUCGUGCCGUUGGUGCCACUGCUUUAAAUGAGCGAAGUAGCCGUUCUCACAGUGUUUUGACCAUUCAUGUAUAUGGAAAAGAGUUGGUUUCGGGAUCUAUUCUCAAAGGCUGCCUGCAUUUGGUCGAUUUGGCCGGGAGCGAGAGAGUGGAUAAAUCCGAGGCCGUAGGCGACAGAUUGAAGGAAGCACAGCACAUCAAUAGAUCACUUUCAGCACUAGGAGAUGUCAUCUCAGCUCUUGCACAGAAGAGUGCACAUAUUCCUUACAGAAAUAGCAAGCUCACUCAAGUAUUACAGGAUUCUUUAGGCGGGCAAGCUAAAACAUUAAUGUUUGUACAUAUAAGUCCCGAAGUUAAUGCCAUUGGAGAGACAAUCAGCACUCUGAAGUUUGCUGAGAGGGUCGCUUCCAUAGAACUUGGGGCAGCUCGAUCCAACAAGGAAGCCGGCGAAAUCCGAGAACUUAAAGAAGAGAUAUCAAAUCUUAAACUUGCCUUGGAGAAGAAGGAAGCAGAAGUAGAACAACUGAAAGCUGGAAAUGUUCGAAGCACAACAGAAUCGCAACGAGGAAGAGCGGUUUCACCUUUCCAGAUUCCUAGAAAUGGAAUCCCCGAGGCCACAAUCAGAAGUGUUUCUUCAGGUAAGCAAAGGAGGUCGAGAUUUCCUUCUGCGUUCGCAGACAAGGAGUCAUUGCCGAAGAUGGUUAUUCCGGCUGAAGACAGGUUAGCAAGUUCCUUAAAAGCAAGGUCACCGUCCCCUCCGGUUAGGCGAUCCUUAUCGACCGAUAAAGGAGCCUCUAAUAGAGGCAGGAUCAAGGCUGAUACGGUUGACAAUCAACCAGUCUCUAAAGUACCAUUUCCGGCUCGAGUACCCAUUAACAAAUCCUUUGCCACAACUAAUGUGACUCCAUCCUCGGAUGCCAACUCCUCCAGGGUUCAUUCGAUUUUCCAAGAAACUGCAAAGCAAGAGAAUAUCUCAGAUGCAUUAUACAACCUCCGAAAACUUAGCAUCAACAAAGUCCGCCCCGAACACGAAGAUGAGCAGUUUAGACAAGCACUUAAUGUCAGACAAGGCGGAAUCAGGAAGAGCAAGGCUGAGAGCAAGGCUAAAAUGAAGCACCAACUACCAGCAAUGACAUUGCUUUCUGAAAUGGAUGCCGAGGAGGCUUCGAAAAGCGACUUCUCCGAGCCAGAAUAUGAGCAAUCAUUUGUUGGCUCUCCUAUGCAUGCUGCCUUGAAGAUGAAGAAACUCGGGCACAAAAAUUCAAGGAAUUCACACAAUCUUGAGCAAAGGGGAUUCAUGCAACCACAAUCACAAGCCGUAGUACCAUCACUAGGAAGGAAAACUGACAGGACUCCGACAGAGGGAAAUAACACUAGUCCGAUGAUGCCUGAAUUUCGAAGAAGCCGAUCUUCUCCUCGUGGAAAAUUUUUGGCUUUGCCUUGAGGAUUCUAAAGUAUACAGGAAUUAGUGUCCUGCCUUUUGAAACAUUGCUUUAAAAUUUUGUACGGUGGUUGCAAUUUGGUGCUGAUUAUGUGUAUACUUAAAAA